CCACAAGUCAACUAGCCACCAGCCAAGCACACCGCGACCCACCAUGCAACUGGCUAUUCCCCCCGCUAUUACACUUCCUGCCCUGCGCAUCCAGUCGUUCUACCCAGCGACAUCAUCCAAGUCGGCGCCACCCGUCGUCGCCAUGGUUGCGUCACCGUGCUCGAUCCUUCAAUGCAACCACUUUGCGAAGAUCCAAGGCCAUUGCCUGGCCCACUAUCGAUCGAUUCUUGUCCAACAUCCGAACUCCCCGACCUUUGACACUACUCGCCCCAACAUCAGCAGUAGCUAUGACGACGCCAUCACUAGCCCGUCGCGAACGUCCAACGACGCGAAGAAGUUGAAACUCAAAAACCGCAACCGCAAAUGCCGCACUGAUUCGUGUGUGUCGUACGCCCGCAGUGGGGGAUACUGCACACGCCACGGCGGCGGGCGAAAGUGCAAAGUGGACGGAUGUGGCACCGCGUCACAGACCGGCGGCUUCUGCAGACUCCACGGCGGCGGCUCGCGCUGUCGCAUCGCCCACUGCGACCAGUUUGCUCGCAUUCGCGGCCUGUGCCUGCACCACAACCGCGUCACCCCCGACGACAACAAAUCGACAACAUCGUCGCACGACGACCAAAACCACGUGUAAACGCUAGCUUUGGUGUUGUAGUUGUAUUAAUGAACGUUAUUUAUCACAUCCCUCCCACCUAUUUGUUGGUUCUAUGACCAAUACGUACAUACCGUCGUCGUCCACAACGACAGGAUUGUUGAUUGAGAUAUGUUACACUAUCGUUAACAUGGCCACAACCACAGACAGGCAUUGACCGGCUUUGUGACCACUUCAGUAGUAUACACAGCAUAACGU